UGAUGAUGUGUCACCCCAUAGAAUAGCCCAGGAUUCUAAAAAUAGAUACUAGGUUUUCCCGUACUGAAAAAAUAUCACAUACAUUUGAGUAUGACAAGCAGAAAUCAUGUACCUCCGCUAGAUACUGCCAACCUUUGCUGUUUCAACUUCUCGGUUUCAUUGUAUCUACUUACACACUCGAAUGUAAGUGUUACUUAUAUGUCAUAAAACAAUCAGCUUAGGGUCAGGACAAUUGUUACACAUCUAAAAUAAUUCAAUAUCUAUGUAAUGAUAUUCCGCUUAAGUUGUUGCUAGGGGCGUGAGAGGUGUUGCACUUUCCAUUACCUCACAUGGAUAGACUCAAUCAAACAUGGUAUGCUAUUAUUUUGCUUGGUUGCGACCCCGAGAUCCGCAGACCAACGUUCCUACCUACUGAGCUAAGCGGACGGGCUGCACGUAUAUAUAAGUAAUCAAAUAAAGCUAAAUCAAGAAAUGCAGGCCAACAGUUGGCAGCGCGAAGGAGGGUGUAUGUGUGUGAGAGAUGGGAGGAGGAUGUCUUGACCUCAAGUGUCUGUGAUCAUAAUAAGACAUUGGGUAAACGCGCAAUGCAAAUUUAUCGUUCGAUUUACUUGAAUAUUAUACUUGUAUUGUAUUCAUAAGAGGGUAUGUAAACAUUGUUCAUCUCUAUGAAUGAAUUUUGUUCAUGUCACCCACAUAAUGCACAGAACUAGCUCAGCAGGUACAAAAAAAAAACACACCAAAACAUCUGAGGUAAAUCUGUGUACAAACACGAAAUUUUCAGGCCAGAAAGCAGUGAAGAAGUCAACGUUAACAAGUAAAAUUUCAACUUGUGGUCACAUCUUAUCAUAAAAGGUCAAAUGGUAUUCCGAAAUGAUAACAGCUCGUCUUAUUCACAGUCUUUUACAACAGCUUAAAUCACAAUAUUUUAUCGAAGCAUAAAAUAGUUCAUAGCUUAAGCUCCAUGUUUUUCAAAAUUUGCGUUUUGUUUAUGAUCAGUAACGCGAACGGAGGAGAGAUUAAGUAUGAUGAAUCCCCCGAUACAGUUAGCAGAAUGAAAGAAUUAGAACUCAAAGUUAUGGCAUCAAACAACAAUUACCUGCAGCUAGAGGAGAAACUGCUCGCGUACGUAACUAUGAACGCUGAAUUGCUUGCCGAUUUAAAGAUCCAGAGAGAAAACUCGAUUAAGAAAGAUGACGAAAUCGAUUUAUUGAAAAAGCAACUUCAUGAUCUCCAACAAAGAGUGGUUAGUUUAGAAACUUCUGCCCAGCCGCCAUACAAACAACCUGUUGAUGAACUGGAUGCAGAUUUUGAUGUUCUAAAGAAAGCUGACUCUUCAAUAAACUGCGAUGCAGGAGAUGCGAAUAGUAAACGACCAAGUCGCUUUGUUUUGGACCAAGGUGAAGCCGUGGCAUUCCACGCCGUUGUCGACGCUAACGGUGAGGUUAGACAUCAUGGAAUAAAUCAAAACCUUGUAUUUGAAACAGUCCUUCUUAACAUAAAUGGAGGCUACCACUCACAACACGGACUUUUCAUAGCUCCAACAGCGGGUUUGUAUAUCUUCUCCACAUCGGUACUAGAUGCCGGGUCCAAGCCAUUGAUACACGCCGAUAUGGUAAAAAAUGGAGCCGUCCUUGCAAGAGCGUAUGGUCACGGUAACAGUGGAUUCCCUGAACAAGGGUCUGUCACGGUGGUUACGCAAUUAAAAGCAGGAGAUGAGGUGUGGGUGCGAAUCUCUUGUUGUGCUGAUGGUUCAAUAACGGGUUUGAGGUACACGAGCUUUACCGGAGCAUUGCUGAUGUUCAUGUAAUUAUGAACCUAAAGGAAUUUGCACAUUUGAAUAAACCACUUGGAAUAAAAUAAACUUACUAAGCUUACCUAAUAGAUAACAUCCGUACAGUUAAUCUGUGUUACUGUAUAUAUAUGACCCAGUAGGUAAAUAUGUUAUGCUUGUGUUAAAUAUUUAGUGUUCAGAUGACCUUAUAUUUUUUCUUGCUGACAUGUCGCCUAUAAUAAUAUAAUCUUUUCUUAUAUUAUCUUUAGGACAACAUAGACCGUUCUUGGCCAAUUCCUUCCUUAAACAGAAUAAGAAACCAUAUAUUGGUAAAUUUUCUUUCAUUUAAAUCUGUUAAUUAUUGCAAUGGAGUAAUAUAUCCUAGGAAGCACGU